UUGUACCGUACAACUACUUUUUGUGGGAUCGUUUUCUCAUGAGAGGUAAUUAAAAGAAAUUAUAAAAUGGAUUGCUACUUAUGCCUAGAUCCCGGAUAACUGGAAAUUUUAUUGAUAAGACCUUUUCAAUUGUAGCCAAUAUCUUAUUACGAAUAAUUCCGACAACUUCGGGAGAAAAAGAGGCAUUUACUUAUUACAGAGAUGGGAUGUCUGCUCAAUCCGAAGGAAAUUAUGCAGAAGCUUUACAGAAUUAUUAUGAAGCUAUGCGGCUAGAAAUUGAUCCCUAUGAUCGAAGUUAUAUACUCUAUAAUAUAGGCCUUAUUCACACAAGUAAUGGAGAACAUACAAAAGCUUUGGAAUAUUAUUUUCGGGCACUAGAACGAAACCCCUUCUUACCACAAGCUUUAAAUAAUAUGGCCGUGAUCUGUCAUUACCGAGGAGAACAGGCCAUUCGGCAGGGAGAUUCUGAAAUUGCGGAGGCUUGGUUCGAUCAAGCCGCAGAGUAUUGGAAACAAGCUAUAGCGCUUACUCCCGGAAAUUAUAUUGAAGCGCAGAAUUGGUUGAAGAUCACAAGGCGUUUUGAAUAAGAUAAGAGCAUUCCCUUUGUAUUUUUGUAUUUAUUAUUUAAUUUAGUAUUUUUUUAGUAUUUGGUAUAUUUUUUAU